CCUCAACCCAGAAAAUCCUCCAACACCUCCUCCUUCAUCAUAAUGGGGAGUGGUUUUGCUUCUAUGACACAACAAUUCUGCAAUUAGAUGUUCUAAAGAUAUAUAAUAAACACACCUCCACAAUGGCCACUUCCUGAAAAAUCAUGGCUGAGAGGUUGUUGGUAACAGCACUGAAGGGAGGCACUAACACUAAGAUCAUUACUUUGAGUAGGAAGAAGAUGACAAAGAUGCCCUCAGGACUAGAAAAGCUGCCUGGUCUGAGGACUCUAUAUCUUCAAAAUAAUUUCAUCUGUAAAGUGUGCCCUGAGCUAAGCACCUUGACCAAGUUGACAUUACUAAAUAUGGGAAACAACCUCUUUGAAGAAGUUCCUGAAGAGUUGAAACACCUUAAAUCCCUGAAGAAGCUUCAUUUGUUUGGGAACAGGAUUUGUAGAAUUGCUCCUGGCGUCUUUGAUGGCUUGCAAGAAUUGGUUCUGCUUAAUCUGAAUGGCAAUCGACUUACGAGUCUUCCUCAAGAAAUCAGCAGGUUAAGGAAUCUUACCUACCUAAGCAUCAGUCAUAACAAGCUCACCAGGAUUCCUACUGAGCUUUGUUCCCUUGAGCAUCUCUCAGUACUGUAUCUUAACUACAAUCAGCUCAUGUGCAUCCCUGACGAGAUCAAGUGCUUACACAAUCUUCAGAAGCUUUUCCUGGCUCGGAACAACAUUGACGUUAUGCCAGAGGGAAUUUGUCACCUUAAAAAACUAAGAAUCCUGGACAUAGCUGGAAAUGUUAUUCAGAUAUUUCCAGCGGGCUUUCAGAAUCUAAAGCUGAGAGAGUUCUACUGUGAGGGAAACCCACUUUUCGUGAAGCGGCCAAUUUCUGCUAACCAACCUAAAGACAUCUGGACUCUACGGGAAAUAGCAGCAAGAUUUGUCCUCCUUCAGUUAGAAGAAAACAACCCUUUGAUUUUGAAUGACAUAGAGAACUAUCCAGAAACCAAAGACACAAUCUCCAAGGCCAAAAAAUGUGCAGUGUGUACAAAACCCUUUUUAUCUGAGUGGCUGGAAUGUGUUCAGUUUUUUCCUCCAUGGAAGAACUGUAAGAUAAGCAAAAACCUACAGCUGAUACCUCUCCGGAUACUACUUUGUUCCUACCAAUGCUUUGACCAGCGCUCUCCUAACGUCUUUGGAAUUGUUGAAGAGUUGAGCAGAGAUUUCGGCAUAAUAGAGGAUAAUGAGAAACAAUUUGGAAGCAAUAUGGUUUCCUCAGAGGUUUCACAGAAAUUGAAACCUCCUUUAACAGGUUUCAUUUCAUUCUUCUGCCAGACAAAUUUGCUGAAGAUCACAAAGUCAACAAGUGGCAGAAUUAGAAUUCAAACCUUCAUUGAUACCGUGUCCUGUCAUUGA